CACCACCAUGGCUCCUGCCUCCAACUGCCGCCUUUUUCGAUCACGAGAAGUUCAACAAGGAACCUCUCGGCGGCCGCCGCCACUCGUCUCCGUUCCUUCGGUUCCUAUAAAUUCAACCCUAAUUCCCAAUUCUCUCUUUUCUUUCUCCUCAUUUGAUGCGAUUUCUCUCCCCCAUUCUUCUCCGAUCUUCCAUUCCUAGCCCUAGCCUUCUCUUCUCGGCUAGAACCGUCUCAAUUGACUCCCGAUUUGGUUGCUUUGAUCGGAAACUCCUUUCGGUACGCCCUCCGGCGAGGUCAGGAUCGGAUCCUCCUGUUCAUCGUGGGUUUCGAGCUUCGUGGCUUAGGGGUGGUGCUUUGACAUCUUCGCCCAUGGCUGAGGAGGGUUCCGUGGCUAGGAGGUUCUGGAUCAACUCGCUGAAGGAGACCGUCUAUGCCGCUUAUACUCCGUUCGUUGUUUGCCUUGCGGCGGGGAAUCUGGAGAUGGAGUGCUUUCGGAACUACAUUGCCCAGGAUGUGCAUUUUCUCAGAGCUUAUGUUCAAGCGUAUGAGAUGGCGGAGGAUUGUGCUGAUGAUGACGAUGCAAAGGCGGGAAUAUCCGACCUUAGAAAAUCUGCUUUAGAGGAGCUGAAAAUGCAUAAUUCAAUUGUUGAGGAAUGGGGUGUUGACACCACAAAAGAGAUUGCUCCAUUUCCUGCAACAACAAAGUACAUUGAUUUUCUGUUAGCAACAGCUGCGGGCAAGGUUGAAGGAGGAAAGGUCCCUGUCAAAAUUGUCACUCCUUUUGAGAAGACCAAAAUUGCUGCUUAUACGGUUGGUGCCAUGACUCCUUGUAUGAGCCUUUACGCUUUCUUGGGCAAAAAGCUUCAAAUGUUUUUGCAUCUUAAUGGAAACAAUCAUCCUUACAAGAAGUGGAUUGAGAAUUAUGCUUCAAAAAAUUUUGAGGCAGCGGCUGAGCAGAUUGAAGAGUUACUUGACAAACUGAGUGUUACUUUAACCGGAGAGGAGCUUGAGCUCAUACAAAAGCUUUACCAGCAAGCUAUGAGACUUGAAAUAGAGUUUUUUUUAGCUCAGCCAAUAGCUCAGCCAGCUGUAGUUCCGUUAACAAGGCUGCAUGACCCUGCAAAUCGGCUUGUUAUAUUUUCUGAUUUUGACUUGACAUGCACGGUAGUUGAUUCCUCUGCUAUUUUAGCAGAGAUUGCAAUUUUGACUGCCCCCAAGGCUGAUCUAAUUGGGCUUGAUGAUUCGAAUGCACGGAUUUCCUCCACAGAUUUGAGAAACUCCUGGGAUUCCCUUUCUGGACAGUAUACUGAAGAGUAUGAACAAUGCAUAGAGAAUAUCCUUCCUUCAGAUAAAGCCAGCUCAUUUGAUUAUGAAGGUCUGCGUAAAAGUUUGGAGCAUCUUUCUAAUUUUGAAAAACAGGCAAAUUCUAGGGUUGUUGAGUCAGGAGUUUUGCGUGGUAUGAAUUUGGAUGACAUAAAAAGGGCUGGUGAACUGCUGAGUCUUCAAGAAGGUUGCAGAGACUUUUUUCAGAAGAUUGUAAGCAAGCAAGAAAAUUUUAAUGCUGAUAUCCACAUACUUUCUUAUUGCUGGUGUGGAGAUCUAAUCAGGUCUGCCUUUGCAUCAGGUUCUUUGAAUGUUCUGAACAUACAUGCAAAUGAAUUUGAGUACAACGAAUCUAUCUCCACGGGGAACAUUAUCAGGAAGAUGGAGUCACCCCUGAACAAAGUUGAGGCUUUCAAGGAUAUUUUGGGCAAUGCCGGCGACAAAGAUCAGCACCUGUCUGUGUACAUUGGAGACUCAGUUGGUGACCUGCUGUGUUUGCUUGAAGCAGAUGUAGGCAUUGUGAUUGGAUCAAGCACAAGCUUAAGGAAAGUCGGCGAACAAUUCGGUGUUUCAUUCGUGCCAUUGUUUUCUGGUUUGGUAGCCAAACAAAAGCAUCUUGCGGAAGGGGCUCAGCCUGUAUGGAAGGGCCUGUCCGGGGUUCUGUAUACGGUUUCUAGCUGGACAGAGAUACAAGCUUUUAUUCUUGGUGAAUAAGAUUUUACGUCUUUUCUUAGUCAUCACUCCCAAUUUGGUUAAAGGAGAGUUGGCGUAUAUGUAUACUAAAACAUAAUAUCCCUUUAACUGUGGCUGGUUUUACAAAUGCUGCAGAUGAAUUGUUAAGAUUUUUUUUUUUUUUUCAUUCAAGUUACUGUUGCAUAGAUCAUGAUUUAUCAGGUACUCAAGACUCCAUGUACUUUUGUUUUUCCUCAGCUAUUCUUGUCAUUCGUCA